CGCGCAACCAACACCACCUCCCUAGCUCCGUCACCAAGAGUUACUGACUUAUAUUAGUUUGAACUUGGACCCUUGGUGCUGCAGCCUGGAGAGACGUCACGUCACUGCCACUUCACUUUCGGCUUAACUCCGAUUCUGUGCGUUGUCGUGUGGAAUGGAAUAAGACCCCUCUCCUCCCUCUCCCUCGAAUCUCUCCCUCUCCCUCGAUCUCUCUCUCUCUUCCCUCUCCCCCUCUCGGAACUUCAUCAUCCCUGUGGAAAGCGCAAUUCAUACCCUGCACGUUGCAGGCAGACUAAAAAAAUGCGUAUCCCAAUUGACUUUAAACCUACAACCCCUACAACAACAACAUCAACCCUAAUAAGCCUCCUCCUAAUACCACUAGCAACCACCUCCGCCCAAUAUGUCCGAGACCUAAGCGCAGAGCACUGGACGCUGAGCAGUGCCACCGCGUUGCAGAAUCGCACCGUGUCUGCGCGGUUUCCGUCCCAGGUGCAUAUGGAUCUUUUGCGGGAGGGGAUCAUUGAUGAACCGUAUCGCGAUUUGAAUGAUUUUGAGCUGCGGUGGAUUGCGGAUGCGAAUUGGACGUAUACUAGUGCUGGGAUACAAGGGCUUGGUGAUGACUACGAUUCGACGUGGCUGGUGUUCGACGGGCUCGACACCUUCACUUCGAUCUCCUUCUGCGGACACUUCGUCGGGAGCACGGAUAAUCAGUUCCGGCAGUAUAUAUUCGAUGUUUCGUCCAUUCUGAAGCAAUGUGAUGGGGACCCGGCUUUGAGUAUUGAGUUUGGCAGUGCGCCGCGGAUUGUGGAUGCGAUUGCGCAGGAUCCCGCUUCGCCGACGUGGCCCGAGGGCGUUCAGAUCACGUAUGAGUAUCCCAAUCGCUGGUUCAUGCGCAAGGAGCAAUCCGAUUUUGGCUGGGAUUGGGGCCCGGCCUUUGCGCCUGCUGGACCCUGGAAGCCCGGUUAUGUCGUGCAGUUGAAGAAGGCGGAGAAGGUCUAUGUUCGCAACACUGAUGUCGACAUCUACCGGCGGGGCCAGAUCAACUACCUCCCGCCCGAUCAGAGUCAGCCGUGGGUAGUCAAUGCCAGCAUUGAUUACCUGGGGACUCUGCCUGAGAGCCCGUCGAUGGUGGUUCAGGUGAAAGACUUGCAGACAGGUAAGACUCUUGCUUCGCGCUCUUUGGCUAACAUCACCGUGACGGAGGGCUCGGUCACGGGUGUGACGGUGUUGGAUGGAGUCACGCCGGAGCUCUGGUGGCCGCAGGGUAUGGGGGCACAGCACCUCUACAAUGUGACCAUUUCGGUCACUGAUGGGGCGAACCACUCCAUUGCAGAGGUCACUAAGCGGACGGGGUUCCGCACGAUCUUUCUCAAUCAGCGUAAUAUCACAGACGACCAAUUGGCCCAGGGGAUUGCGCCCGGUGCGAACUGGCACUUCGAGGUCAAUGGGCAGGAGUUCUAUGCCAAAGGGUCGAAUCUGAUUCCACCGGAUUCCUUCUGGACUCGGGUCACGGAGGAGACGAUGACUCGGCUGUUCGAUGCGGUGGUGGCGGGCAAUCAGAACAUGCUCCGCGUCUGGUCUUCUGGCGCAUACCUGCAUGACUAUAUCUACGACCUGGCCGACGAGAAGGGGAUCCUGCUGUGGAGUGAGUUCCAGUUCAGCGAUGCCCUCUAUCCUACCGACCAAGCAUUCUUGGAAAAUGUCGCUGCGGAGGUCGUCUACAACGUCCGCCGAGUCAACCACCACCCAUCCCUUGCCCUGUGGGCGGGCGGCAACGAGAUCGAAGCUUUGAUGCUGGUGCUUGUCGAGCAGGCGGACCCUGAUGCUUAUCCAUUCUACGUCGGCGAGUACGAGAAGAUGUACAUCAGCCUCUUCCUGCCGCUGGUCUACGAGAACACACGCUCCAUCUCCUACUCGCCCAGCAGCACCACCGAGGGCUACCUGGACAUCGACCUCUCCGCGCCCGUACCCAUGGCGGAGCGGUACAGCAACACGACCGAGGGCGAAUACUACGGCGAUACGGACCACUACAACUACGACACCGCCAUUGCCUUCGACUAUGGCAGCUACCCGGUGGGCCGCUUCGCCAACGAGUUCGGCUUCCACAGCAUGCCCAGCUUGCAAACCUGGCAACAAGCUAUCUCCGAUCCAGACGACCUGACCUUCAACAGCAGCGUCGUCAUGCUCCGCAACCACCACUACCCAGCCGGCGGCCUCAUGACAGACAACUUCCACAACACGUCCUUGGGCAUGGGCGAGAUGACGAUGGGCGUGCUAAGCUACUACCCAGCACCCAACAUCGUCUCAGACCCGCUCGCCAACUUCAGCGCCUGGUGCCACGCCACGCAGCUCUUCCAGGCCGACAUGUACAAGUCGCAGAUCCAGUUCUACCGGCGCGGCAGCGGGCGGCCCGAGCGCCAGCUAGGCUCACUAUACUGGCAGCUGGAGGACAUCUGGCAGGCGCCGUCCUGGGCAGGCAUCGAAUACGGCGGCCGCUGGAAGGUGCUGCACCACGUUGCCCGCGAUAUCUACAAGCCGAUGAUCGUCUCCCCGUUCUGGAACUACACCACCGGCGCCCUGGACAUCUACGUCACCUCGGACCUGUGGACGCCCGCCUCCGGCUCUGUCUCCCUCACCUGGCGCGACCUCUCGGGCCGCCCCAUCGCCGGCAACGGCGGCAUCCCCCAAUCCCUCCCGUUCCAGGUCGGCGCGCUCAACACCACCAGCCUCUACCGCAUGAACAUGAAGCAGCAGCCCAUCCCGCGACACACGGAUGCGGUUCUAACUCUGGAGUUGAGCGCGACGGGCCAGUUGCCGAAUUCCGAGGAGAGCACUACCUUCGUCCAUGAGCAGUGGUUCACGCCUGCCUUUCCGAAAGAUCUUGACUUGGUGGACCCGCGGGUCAGCGUGGUGUAUAAUCCGGAGAUCCAGAAGUUCGAGGUCGAGGCCAAGAGUGGCGUCGCGCUGUAUACUUGGCUUGAGCAUCCCGAGGGCGUGGUCGGGUAUUUCGAAGAGAACGCAUUUGGGUUGGUGCCCGGCCAGAAGAAGGUGGUCGGGUUUGUGGUGCAGAAGGAUGAGACGGAUGGGGCGUGGGUGCGUGAUGUGACGGUGCGGAGUCUGUGGGAUUUGAAGGGCGGUAGAUAGGUGGGUUCGAAUGGGAUGGGAGUAUAAUAAAGUAUAGCUUGGUGUGAGGUUUGUGUAUAGAUGAAUGAGUUUGAAGGCAACAUACUUUGGC